GCGGCGCGCGCAUCGCCGCGUACAUCGCGCGGACGCCCUUCGGCGGCGACGCGGACAUGGUCGCCGCGGCCCUGCUCUGCGAGGCGCACGAGGCGUUAGAUGGUUUGCGCCUCGAGGAGAUCCGAGCGUCCGUCGGCCCGGAAGCCGCCGGUUUGGUCCGGUGCCUCAACAACCUGUCGCAGCUCUACCGGCUGCAGCGCGCGCGCUGGGACGCCGAGGGCGACGAGCUCUGGCGCUGCGACCAGGACGUGCGCCACGACUUCGCCGACGACGAGCUGUUGUAUACUUGUCGUUUACCUUCUUCCCACGCGAAGAAUUUGCGGCAGAUGUUAGUGGCAGUCGCGGGCGACUUCCGCGCGCUGCCCCUGCUGCUGGUGCGCCACCUCGAGAAGUUGCACGAGGAGUGCGGCUCGGCGGCGGCGGCGCGGGAGGCGUCCCUGCUGGAGGCCGCGUCGGAGCACAUCAAGGCCACGGUCCCCAAUGUGACGCCGUCGACGCGCGCGCGCGACGCGCUGGACGUCCUCGCCCCGCUCGCGGACCGCUUCGGGCUCAACCAGCUCAAGAACGACCUCGAGGACGCGGCCUUUGAACGCCUCGCCCCGGCGACGCGGUCCCAGAUCCUCAAGGCCCUCGAUCGGAAGCGCGACGACCGGUCCGUCGUCCGCGGCGACGUGUCCGCGCGGUUGCGGCGCCUCAUGGUCGAGGACGACGUGCUGAUGAACGCCGUGGAGAGUCUGCGGGUGUCCACGCGGGAGAAGGAGCCCUACUCCGUGUGGCGCAAACAGCGGAAGUUGCGCGCGCGCGCCGAGGCGAACGUCGAGGUCGACGGGUUUUCUACCGUCGUGGACCCGUCGGGCGACGAGGUGCUCUAUCCGUUGGACACCAUCGCGCUCCGGAUUGUGUUGGACCCGACGGCCCUGGCGCCGGACGCGUCCGCCGCCGCGAAGGCGACGAGGGUGGCCGCCGGCGAAGCUUUGUGCUACCACGCGCUGAACUUGGUCCAGGCGGCCUGGCAGCCUUUGCAGAACCGGACCAAGGACUACGUGGCCCGCCCCAAGGCCAACGGCUACCAGUCGCUGCACACGACGGUGUUGAUGAGGUUGCACGGCGCGUCGUAUCCCUUCGAGGUGCAGAUCCGGACGCGCGACAUGCACCUCGUCGCGGAGUUCGGGUCCGCGGCCCACGCCUUGUACUCGGGCGCGCGGCCCGCGCCGGUGCCCGUCGCGCCGCCGCCGCCGCGGGAGGAGGAGGCGGCCGUCGAGGUCCCCGGGGAGCCUCUCGAGGGCGAGGCCGAGUCGUCGGCGAUCGGCGCGCGGCUCGGCAAGUCCAUGGGCGACCGGCUGCGGGCCGAGCGCAUCUUCGUGUUGGCGUCCGGCGGCCGCGUGCUCACGGUCGGCGCCAACGACAACGCCGUCGACGUCCGCAAGGCCUUGCUGCGGGACCUCGAGCACGACGCGGGCGAGGGCGCUUUGGUCACCGGCGGCGGCCUCUGGCUCGACGACGAGCGGGCGCGGGGCCACCUCGAGAUCAACGGCAAGCGCCUCGAGUGGCUCCAGUCGCUGUCGACGAAGCUCCUCAACGGCGACGAGGUCCGCUGGGUCGAGGACCCGGAGGCCGCGCACGGCGAGCUCGAGGAGACGCCGCGGCCCUGACCUUUUGCACAUUCUACCCUGCACAUACCUGCACAUAAGAACCGAUUUACAUGU